AUGGCGAAUGAGGAAGAAGGAGCGCCGGGUGAGGAGCAGCCGGUCCAGAUCUCCCCCCCUUCCAGCGAACCGACGGGCUCUGAACCACCUGUGGAUGUGCAGAAGGAGGUGCAGGCCGUGGCGCAGAAGGAGGCGCAAAAGGAGGCGCAAAAGGAGGAGCAAAAAGAGGAGCAAAAAGAGGCGCAGACGGAGGCGCAAAACGAGGCGCAGGCCGAAGCGCAAAAGGAGGAGCAAAAGGAGGCGCAAGAGGAGGUGGAGGAGCAGAAGGAGGCGCAAAAGGAGGCGCAAGAGGAUCUGGAGGUGCAAAAGGAGGCGCAGUCCGAGGCGCAGACGGACUGCGCUGCGGUCAGCCCCAGCGCACCGGCCCAGCGCCCCGGCCACACGCAGACGCAGGACUCCUGCCUGGAACACUUUAAAAUCAGGAAGUUCUUCGUGUUACGGCCUGGCACUCUGGAUCAGGCCAUAAAAGACAUCGAAGCCCUGGUGAUUAAGGAUGUGGAUGGAAGUGUUCACAGCGUCUGGCUGAUGGCAGAGGUGGAUCACUGGAACAAUGAGAAGGAGCGUCUCGUUCUCAUCACAGACCACUCGCUCCUGGUCUUCAAGUACGACUUCAUCAUGUUGAAAUGUGAACAAAUCCAGAGGAUCCAGCUGAACUUUAUCGAUCGCAUCUCUCAAGGCGUCUUCACUUUCCCAAAGCACUCCCUGCUCAAGAGAGAAGGGGAAGGGAUCCGUGUCUUCUGGGACCGACUGAGAGAACCCUCCUUUGUCUCCAGAUGGAACCCCUUCGCCACUGACUUUCCCUUCAUCACUUUCACCCAGCACCCAGUGAGGAACACCAAUGAAACCUUUACUUCUCUUUGUAAUAUAGAGAAGUUUCUCGAUCAGCUCAAAAAUGCGGCACAGCGAGCCCACGCCGCAAAGCCAGUUCCCGGGAAAGCCAACGGCGUCAUGCUCCUCAUGCAACCCGUUCACAUCGAUGCCUACGUGGGUGCCAUGUCCUUCCUGGGAAACCAAAACAAACUGGGUUACUGCAUGGCCCGGGGCAACGUUGGCUUUUAG